AUGUCCUCCCCCCCUUCGCCGGUUCAGCAAAGAUCGCCGAAGCGGACUUCUCCCAAACGCACCCCGUUACAAGAACGAACAUCUUCAGAGACAAAUGAGAUUUCCGCUCGUGUGAGUAAAGAGCCCAGAUCAGAUCAAGAGGGUUUGAACAUAUACAAUACCACACCGUUCCCCACAAAACCAGCACAUGUUCUCCUCCCCAGUACCAUCCGCAAGCAGAGGAGCUUCGGGCUAAGCCCGCUCAGCGACACUUCUGGGUUUCACUAUGAGAAUGAAUCGGGUAGAAGCAGCGAUGCUUCACGAGGCUCGCGGGGGGGCCUACAGCCUACCGUUAGACUGAAGCGAUCGGUAAAGGCACUAAGGGAUCUGUAUGAAUCUCAAGCCGAAGAAUCGUCCCGUCCUUCGACCGCCACUUCACCACCGCUCCGCCCAAGCACUGCGAGCUCGUUUCGGCUAAGGAGUAUCAGCUCUAGUGAAAGCCUGUCUAACGCAUACGCUUGGGACUCUCUGCAAAAGAUAUCCUCGGAUGACUUGGCCUUGCUACCGUCUUUGCCCACCGGAAGUCGUGCUCUUAAGAGGAUUUCGUCGCGUACCUCAUUUACCUCGAUCCCGGAGAAGGAUAUUGUGACCUCAACUCCGAACUACAAAGUAUUGGGAGUAACAUCGAGUCCGAGACCGCUAGCUUUCAAAGACCUGAACAAUCCUUUGCUGGAAGCAUUUGAAGACAUUCCAAGUGCAAACUCUGGGAAAGAUGGUUCUUCGAGUCCCAACAUCGUUCGUCUCGCACAUACGUCAAGUACGGAACAGUUUCAGAGCACCGAUCAAUCGUCCAGUCCAAAUGUGGUCCGUCUGGCCCACACCUCGAGCACAGAGGAGUUUCAAAGCAGCGACCAAUCCUCCAGUCCCAACGUCGUCCGCCUCACGCACACCUCCAGUACCGAAAAUUUUCAAAGCAGCGACCCGUUUUCAAGUCCAAAUGUGGUAAAGUUGGGAAUGUCUCCGACGUCAACAGCCCGACCAGACCUCCCGAAAUAUUCUACACAUUCGCGGUCUUCGUCAAGUUCUUCGAGGAAGAGGAAAAGGUCUCAGUCUGGAGGAGGGAGGUCUUUUGCCGAACGAGUUGGAGCAAAGAUUCCCCUUGCAUCUAGUCCUCCCGUUCAUCGUCACAUUCCAUCUUCUACUGCCGCAAGCACGAGUUCUCCUGUUGACCCAGGAAUACCAUCGUCAGCGCCACAGAGCAUCCAACAGACUAACGAAUCUAUCGACGAAUCAAGCCCAGUGGUUCGAAUUUUGGCAAGAGACGAUCCCACUUCCGACGGCAGUUCUGUCGCCGACACUCAUGCCAGUCUUCAGGCCGCUCUAAGCUCAAGUCCACCACGCAUUCAAUACCCGGUUGUUCGGGCUCCUGCUGUAAGCCAACAUGCCGGCCUCGCUGUGCCCAAACGUCAUUCCAGAUCCAUGUCCACCGAAGGGUCCACGUCGAAAUUCUCAUCGAGGUUAUCAGCCGUGCCCUCCGAAGGCUCGUGGACCAGAACACGAGCAACCAGUGAGGCAUCAUCUAUACCUGACGAUCUCGACGAAUAUCUCCAUUCUGAUGAACUAGCCCCGGCCUCCACCUACAUCAUCAAUGAAGACGCAAAUCUAACACAAAUCCGACUUAUUCCGGAAAUUGAACGAAGAUCUGGGUCCCAGUGCGCAUGUGAAUGCGAAUGCAAUCACCAAGAGGUGGACCCUCACCACAACGAAGCCACGGACGAAGUCUCAGCAUUACCCUCUGCAUAUAGAUCACCGCCUCUUCGACCAACCAGGAGCGGCGGCUACCUUAACUCGUCUUCUAAUACUUCACAGCAGUCCAUCACGCGACUUAAUUCCAUGAAAUCAUUUACGCAGUCACGACACAACAGUUUCUUUUCCAAUUCCUUGCGUCCAGGUUCUUCCAGCAGCAUUACGAGCAUCGUCCCUGUACCCACAUGGGCCCGAAGAUAUUAUUCAGGCUUCUACAGGGACUCCUUUCAGUAUCUCUAUUCCAGCGGCUCAUAUUUAAAUUUGAGAGAGUUGGCGGCAAAUCAAGCACCGAUUCCAGUACAUUUAGAGCUGCCUUCACGACCCGAGACGUCCAAAUCGAGCGCCAGCCCCAGCAUGCGCAACAUCCACCAGGCAAUGACCGACCACGUUGGUGGCCUUUUUCGACCAAAGAAAAGACCAAAACUCGAGGCCCGGAAAUCCCACCGUCUACCUGGUGUUGGACCACUGGUCUCGAAUCCAGUGCGCCCUCCCGCAACAGCGGCUCUAGUCUCAGGCGGCCGGCGACAAUCUUAUCCCCAAACUCAAUCCUAUCCUAAUACUCACUCUCGCUCAGUUUCCUUACCAUUACACCCCGCCGACCCUCGUGCUCAUUGGGCCGGCAUAGUUGAGAUCCAUCAACAACCACACGAAGAUGGACGCGGCUCAAGCUACAUGAUUCACCAUCACAGCUAUACCUAUAGCGGCACUGGCUCUCAGUCCGACUCGAACCAGUCCGUGAUACAUCACCCUCGAGGAAGCGGAAGUGGAAAUGUAUUCCGCCGUUCCUGGCAUCGCUGGUCUUCUUCUCCGCACCUUCAUCAUGACGCCCGCCUCGACACGGGCUCGUCCGUUUCUCGUGGCUUUGGGCACCCAUUCAACGCAAAAUCCCGCUGGACGACCGGUGUGCCUGAUCUCGUCACCAGCGGCCAGUCCCAACAUCCGCUGCAGAUUGAUCUCCGCUCCAUCCAGGUGAUUUGCUUUACCACCGGUUUCCUCAUGCCCCUGGCGUGGUUCAUUGCUGCUUUUUUGCCGCUUCCGACGAGGCCGGCGAGCUUUGGGGACAUUGAAAAGCAAGUCGUGCAAGAACAGCGUCAAAGACAUCGACAAUCAUAUCCUCAACCACAACCAGAGUCGCGAACGCAAUCAAUGCGUAAUUCUCUGUCUCAGCAGCGCAGUUCCAAUUACUCCCAAGCAGAACAAGAGUGGGAGUCGACGGACAUCAUAGCGAGACUCCGCUAUGAACGGCACACUGCGGGCGUGGCGGAGCUGAAAUUCCAUAACGCACGGUGGUGGAGAAAUCUGAAUCGAUGGAUGAGCGCCGUCGGUGUCGUCGUAUGUGCACUCGUGGUUGUGUUGGCCGUACUGGGAACGAAACACAAUUGGGGAGAGAAUUAG